CUUGGAGUUUUGAGCGGUUGCCAUCUUGCGACGCUCCAGAAUCGUCGAAUACACAAGAUAGACGGAAAGCGAGGAGAAGAAAAGCGUCGAGUCAGUCAUAUAAGCAAACGGAGAGCUUGAUCAGUCCAUUUUACGCACUCGAUAACCAGGACAUAUCACUUUUCCGACAACGAAAAUUCAGGUCGGGAUCAAGAGAUCGAGUCGAAUCAAUGCCAGAGGCAAAACUGACGGAGAUUGCUUACACGGUAGUGGAGGAGCAUCGGUCUCACGGAUCUCAGGCAAUCAACUGUGAAUCUAUUCCCCUGAGGAGCAGUUCCUACGUAACAGCGCCUCACCUUCCGAAUGGCAAGAAGAACGAGAAGCAGCUACAUCGGGACGAGGAGGGAAAAAGUGGCGCAGAUCGAGCAGAUGUUGCCGGCCCAGAUAGGGAAGGGAAUGCGUUAGCAUCCCAUGCUCGGGAGAAAAGCCCUUCACUGAGCGCAAAGAUUUAUAGUUGGGAUAUGGAUCCUGAUUCGAGACCACCUUCUCGCAAUGGUUCUUUCCGUCCAUCCAAACCAGGCACUUGGUUAGGCGUUUCGACUGCAGCGGGAGGUGAGAAAAGCAGCUUAAGACAUAGGAAAAGUCGACACAGAAAAUUUGAUGCUGUUGAUGGUGCUUGUAGCAGAAGCGGAAUUCCCAUUUCAUCCACACGAAGAAAAGCAAGUUCUCACAUUUCUCAUAAUGCCAACGAUGAUAAGCGUUUUCAGCAAGCUCUGUUCUUUUCGAGCGGAUCACCAGAAGAAGAGCGCGUCAUGCCGCAUAUAAAGCAAGACUGGUUAGGGCUGCAGGACAGUAGUUCGAAGGCAAGUGUUGCACGGCAUAGUCAUCAUAGCUUUACUACCACGUCCCCGAAAGUCAACACGGCAGGUUUGAUGACGAUUCCUGAAGGCUACCUUCUCGAGAAACAUACACUCAGUGCGACGCUGGGCGAACUUAGUGAUUCUAACACGUACCCACAUUUGAAUCAAGCCUCUUCAAGUUGUUCUGGUCAGUUCCCAGGAAAUUUCUUGAAGAAGAACUUAGAAGCCCCAGCAAAACAGGUUCAGCCUUUCUGUGCAGGACCGAAAUUAUACAGGGCACCGACUGUGGAAGAUGUGCCUGAAGGAUGGAACGGAUGGGAACAAAACGAACUAAAGCAGCACACGCAUUCUCAGCAGACUUUACAAAGCUAUUCUCGUAAGAAAAAAGGUGUCAAUCACUGGGAGAAGAUGUCAAUACCAAAUCACAGCUAUGGUAAUCGCUCAAGCAUAAAACAAGAUCCCUUAAAUCCAAGUCUUCAAUCAGAUUCUGCAGAAAAAGUUGAUCAAUGGAUCAAUUUUGUUCCACCCCCGGAUGAGCAAACCAUAUUUCGUGAAAUUUCGAAGAGGACACGAUCUACUUCUCAUAUACCACGUUACAGUCGAAGUAAUGAUCUGGCAAAUGGUUGGAAGAAUAGAUCAGGGUCCUCAAAUGCGAGUCUUGGCACAGGUUAUGGAAGACGAGGUGUAAAAGAAAGCAAUGCAACGGCAAGGGCAGCGGUAUGGGGUCAGGGACAAGACUGGGACAAGAUGACAACUGCCGGAUCGAGUACGAAAGCGGAAGUUGGGAUGCGAAGGGAUACUGUGCGAAGCUGGAAAACCAGCAGUCACAACAUGCCUUUGAUCGAUGACACAGGCCAAUGGUAA